AUGACUGACUCUCCACUGCCGCGGAUUCCGCUCGACCCGAAAGAGCAGCCUAUUCUCGACAGGCUGCAAUCCAUCCGGACAGAGCUCGAGUUGCUGAAGCGCGACCGAUCGACUUAUGUUAAGAGCCAGGAUGUCUUGAAGCUGUACGAUCAGGUUAUCGAGCAGGUCAUAGUUUUGAACGAGAUACGCGAAACGAAGCGUUUUGAGCAGAACAAAGUUGACUACAUGCUUGAUGAUUGUUUUCAGCUCAUCUCACUUGCAUAUCUCACCAUCGGAAAGAACCAUGAACCACCAGCAGUAUACUCUUACAUCUCAACGGUCAAACGCAUACUGGAUCACCUCAAGGAAGCUACAUUCUAUUCGCAAAAGGACCUUGAAGCACUUGACAAGAACCUGAAGGACUGUCGGGACUAUAUCGAGCGAGGCAAAGAUUCGUACAGCCCCCACCUUUUUACUCUUCUCGACGCUCGUGUCAAGGUUUGCGAAGAGAUCCUAGCCGAACUGAAACUCAACUUAUCCGAGCUUACUCCCGAACUGAUACCAAAAUGGGAGAAGCUGGUGUCAAUAUUAAGAUCAACUUGCGGCUGCAAUACACGAUCGAAGUUCCCUCAUGAUGAAGUUCAAGAGUACGAGCAGGAGCUAAGCAAGCUAAAUGAUGAACUCAAAGAAUACGGAAUUCAUGCAUAUGAGACCACCGGCUCAACCGAAGAGAAGCUAGCCGAGAUGGUUGACAAAAUGCAGCUCACCCAAGAAAACCCCGAGCCAGCACCAGAAGCAGAAACUCUCAUUGGCACAUUGUUGAGGCGAAAUUUGCUUUGGCUUGCGCUAAUCAAGCAAAAGCAAGGACGCAUAGCACCGGCCUUCAAAGACACUUAUGACAAGCUUCUCACUAUCAGAAACAAGCUUGAAAAGCUUUUGCUUACGCAAGCAUGGUCACUCCGUGAGACAGAUCUCUGGGACUUUCAGCGUCAGCUUGACCGCAUAGACGAGGCACGGGUAGACGGCAACUUCAUCGAUGCACUAGGUCGCCCAUCUGAGAUCUACGAGCAAAGAACACUACUGUACCUCUUACGGAAAGGCUUUGCACUCAUCUACCAGUUGCUCUUAACAUCCGAACCUGUAUCUGAAGCACUGUUGCCAAUCUACAACCAAUUGACAACUCUUCGAAAAUGUCUUCUCGAAGUGAAGAAAUUGGGAGGCGUAUCAUCACCAAGAGAACUGUACCCGUAUAGCAUGAAGUUGAAUUCAAUCGACAAUAUGCGUGUAGAUGGAAAGUUCAUGGUGGGCGACGAGAUACCGGAUGGUCAAGGCCGCGUAACACAACUCCUGGAAGAAUGUUUCGAGCUCGCUUAUGACCUAAGAAACGACGCCGAAGACGACAGUUCUGUAGACGCUACACCAUCAAGCGAAAAACCAGAGCCUCUUAGCACUUAA